AUGGAAGAAAAUUAUAAUGGCAAUAGAGAGCAUCAAGAUUCGGGCGAAGAGUCCAACAGAGCUAUUCUUCCUCUUCUCCAUGCACCUGGGAACCAGCAACCGCACCGGAUCACCAACUUUUAUAUUGAUAAUAUUUUACGACCAGACUUUGGACGGAGGAAAGAUGGGACUUUUAAUUAUGAUGAGAAUCACCUCAAUGGACGAGAGAAUAGUCCUGGCCUUCCCCCAAAAUCUGGGCAGUUCGGUGGGACGGUGUCAGGGGAAGGAACAUCGAAUUCUCGUUCAGUCAGUGAGCCAAAAAAAGCAGAUAUUGUUGCAGAUACGCUUCUCAAGCCCGGAGGAGAAAUUGGAGAUCAGUGCCUGAGCUCCGACUCGGAAAGUUCUCAUGCCAAUUCUGCACCUUCUUCGAAACCUAUGCUCUGGCCAGCCUGGGUGUAUUGUACAAGAUAUUCGGACCGACCAUCAUCAGGGCCAAGAUCUCGAAAACCAAAGAAGUCGACCACGACAACGACACCAAGCAAGGAUGACAAGCGCCCAAGAACUGCCUUCACAGCAGAACAGCUCCAGAGACUAAAAACGGAGUUUCAGACUAAUCGGUACCUGACCGAACAGAGAAGACAAAGUCUGGCACAAGAACUCGGCCUCAACGAAUCUCAAAUUAAAAUCUGGUUUCAAAACAAGAGGGCCAAAAUAAAGAAGGCUACUGGAAAUAAAAACUCUUUAGCCUUGCACCUGAUGGCACAAGGACUAUACAAUCAUGCCACAUCAUCUAAGGAUGAAAAAUCAGACAGCGAUUGAAGAAAAAUAAACAAUGCAAUAAAUAACUUUAAAGGGCCAGUGUACAUAAUACCAGCAGAUAUUUAAACAUGAAUGAGACAGGAUUUUGCAAUAUUCUGUAGCCUAUAUACAGUAUAUAGGGACUAAACCAUUUUGUGUUAUAACACUUGCCAUGUACUCCCUGGAACUUUAGAAUGC